UAAAAAAAAAAUAUUCAAAGAAAAAACAGGGAAAAGGUAGAGAUCUUCGCCUUAAUAAGUAUAAUCAAAACCUUUUAAAAACACUCAAAAAUGUUGCUAAAAAUAUUAAUGUUAGUACUAUGCAACUUGGUAAAAUCAGAUGUUUAUUUACACAAUCCGAGAGGAAGCAAUAAUCGGCUUGAUGAAUCAGAUAGAGAACGAGACAAUAAUGAUAGGUUGUUUGAUUCUCAAAACAAUGCACGUGGUGGAUAUAAUGAUGGAAAAAUGUACUAUCUUGCAGGAUCACAGCUCUCAAUUGAAUGGACUAAUCAACAUUCUUGUGGUGGACCCAAUGCCAAUUGUGAAAUUAUUGUUCAGUAUAUGUGUAGUAAUGAUCUAAGAGACGGCACUUCAACCAGUACAAUUCCAGAUAACAAUAAAUGCAGAGAAAAGGACUGUGACACUGAUACAAGAUUUGGCAUGCAUGAAGACUCAGACUAUUAUAUGAGGUGCAAAUAUACAUCGAGAAAUCAAGGAUUGUUUACAGCAGAUCAGAACUUAGAUGGACAAACGUCGCAGUACACUCGUCAAAAUCCUGAUGGUACACGUAGAGGUUAUGAAUGCCCUGAAGAACGAGAUUACUAUCCUUAUUGGAGGCCAACGCCAUGGAAGGAUAUUGUGGUGAUGACAAAUGAUAUUAGUCGAUGUAGUUGGUACAAACAAGAAAGUGAAAAUGUGAAACCGAGAUUCAUUUGUGUUCCUCCAGUUGGUUAUAUGGAUGCCCUUAUCCGUAAUAAAGUUAAAGAUCCUUUGGGAAUAACAAAAGAAAGUUGUGAGAAAAUAGAGUUCCCAAAAAAUUCUGGUAAUAAAGCAGUAUGGCAACAAAUAUCAAAGGAGACAAUAAACCCUCCUGAUUGCAUUUUAUCUCCUAAAUCCAGAGAUAAUCAUCUGGGAAACGGAAUUGGUGGGUUUGCAAACACUUAUAAUUGGACAAUACCAAAUGACAUCAACGAAAACUGUGCACUACGUCUGCGCUAUAAUAUUUCUACUGGUGAUUUUCCAACAACUGUUGACUCAUCAAAUAACACUGCUAACAAAAUAAAUAUUGGUUCCUUGGUUGGACUUUCUAAUGACGAAGCUUCUAAAAGAGGAUAUGUCUUUAACAACAAGGGUGUUGUUGUUCAACCAUUGAAAACUGCAAAUCCUAAAAUAGGUGAAAAACUCCAAUUAAAACUAGCUAUUAAUACUGCUCAAUAUGGUAGAACAUUUCAAGACAGAAGCCAUCAAUUUUCAAUUCGAUCUGCUCCUGCUCAGUUGAGUGGGGCUCAGAUAUACAACUUAAAUGUUCGUGGUAAACGAGGAAACAUUGUUCAAGUAUAUCCAGCAGUUGAAUAUGAUUAUGUACCUAGUCGUCUUACUCUAAAAGCUUCAGAUGGAAUUCAUAUACAGUGGACUGGCUCAGAUACAAAUCCGGAUAAUAAUGCUGGACAAGGCACGGCUGGAACUGAUCGUUCAAACAUUGUUUUAUUGAAAAACCAAAAUUUCCCAGAAGGCACUCCUGGUCGAGCUGUUCCACUUGCUUAUGCAUAUGGUGACUAUGGAACUAAUUAUCCAAUGAAUUUAACUUCAAAAAGUUUUUUAGGAUUUAGCAUGGAUGACAUGGUCAAACUUGCAAUACUCAGAUCUAAUAAAGCUGGUUCCAUUAAUUCAGAGCUAAAUAAUGCAGGAAAUUAUUUCGAUCUUGGCCCUCGUAGAGUAGCAGACAGUGCAUUAGGAACUUAUUACUACAUGUGCACCAGAAAUAAUAACUUUUCAAAUCGCAGUCAAAAAGGAAAGCUUAUUGUGUUACCAAAAAAUAAUUCUGCCCAACCAAGAGUUGGCCAACCAAACCCUAAUACUAAGAGAAGCUAUACAAAGAAUGCGCAGAGGUUGAAACAUAACAAACCGUUUUUUACUUAGUAAUUACCUGUAAAUGUUUAAAUUAGAAAAUCACGCUUUGUUUUAAUGAUA